CUUGGCCUCAGCAUCGGGGUUUCUAAGACCUUGAGCUCCCUACUGAAUACACGUCACUGCAGGCUACGGCUCACAGUUCCAUAUAUUUCACGAUGUUGAGUUUGUGAGUCUUCACACUCUAGCAUAUCACUGUCUACUUUUGAUUGUCGUUGCGGUUGCCGCCCCCUUUCUACGAAGAUUGCUGCGAUGGCCCGUCCCAAGAUCACGCACUACGUCGACAUGCUCAGUCCGUUUUCUUAUACGGCAUACCACAUUCUCCGUCACGAUGCAGUCUUUAUGGAGUGCGAUAUCACCCAUGUGCCAGUCUCCCUCGUGGGCUUGAUGCAGAAGUGUGGCAACACACCACCGAUCAUGAUCAAGAACAAGGACCACUGGACCCGCCGUGAACGGCUCCGCUGGGCAAGCGCCUUUUCCGUCCCCAUGACGGUGCCUAUCCCGCCCGACUUCCCUGGGCCGGCACAGCUCCCCAUCAUGCGCGCCUUGUGCGUCGUCUCUGCCUCCCGACAGGGAGGAGGACGGGAAGGCCAAGACCACGGCCAAAACCAAGACCAAGACCAAACCCAUCUUUUCCACAGAGCACUCGACGUAUUCUUCGCCAAGCAAUGGGGCCCGAACGCGGUAGCGACGCAUAACGAGCCCGGGCUGCUGCAGACGACGCUGAGGGACCUGUUUGGCGCUGAGGAGGCGGCGAGGAGUACUCCUCAUCGAGUCCGAGACAACAGGCGACCAACUCCUCACGGCCAACACAGACAGGGCCUUUGACGAGGGUGCCUUUGGCUUGCCCUGGAUGGUGUGCACUAGCACGGCGGGC